AUGAAGGUCCUCGUCCUCCUCGCUUUCGUCGCUGUGGCCCGUGCCGGCUACCUUGGCGCCCCAGCCGCCGUUGUCGCUUCCGUCGCUGAAGCCGGACACUCAAACAGCCACCGCGCUCAGGACCUCGUUGGCAACUACAACUUCGGCUACAACGAGGCUCACACCACUGGCGGAUCAUCCCGUCAAGAGACUGGUGACGCUUUCGGCAACAAGGUUGGCUCCUACAGCCUCACUGACGCCGACGGCCGCGUCCGUGUUGUGAAGUACGUCGCUGACGCCGCCGGUUUCCGUGCCUCCGUCUCCACCAACGAGCCAGGAACUGCCCCAUCCACCCCAGCUGCCGCCGGAUACAACGCCCCAGUCGUUGCCCCAGCUCCAGUCGCUGCCUACGCUGCCCCAGUUGCUGCCGUUGCCACUGCCCCAGUAGCUGCUUAUGCUGCUCCAGUCGCUGCCUACGCUGCUCCAGUCGCUGCUCCAGUCGCUGCUUACGCUGCCCCAGUGGCUAAGGCCUACGCUGCCCCAGUUGCCGCUUACGCUGCUCCAGUUGCCGCCGCCGCUCACGUUUACGGCCCAGCUGUUGCUGGCUACGGUGCCUACGGUGCCUACGCUGCCCCAGCCGUCUACGGCAAGGCUCUUGCUCACGGUGCUGCCUACGGCCUCGGAUACGGUGCUCACGCCAACUCCCACAGCCUUCUGAAUGCAAUCCUUCACAAGGAAGUGGUCAGCUCAAAGGUUAACGCUUGGUCUAGCUGUGUCCUGAGUUCUGAGGGCCGUACCCUGUACUCCUCCAUGCAGGUAUUCGUCUUCCUCGCUCUCGUUGCCGUUGCCCGCGCUGGCUUCCUUGGCGGACCAGCUGCCGUUGCUGCCCCAGCUGCUGUGGUAGCUACCGCUGUUGAGUCUGGACACUCCAACACCCACAGGUCUCAGGACCUCGCUGGUAACUACAACUUCGGCUACACCGAGGCCCACACCUCUGGCGGCUCCUCCCGCCAGGAAUCUGGUGAUGCUUUCGGUAACAAGGUCGGAUCCUACAGCCUUCACGAUGCCGAUGGACGCGUCCGCGUUGUGAAGUACGUCGCUGACGCCGCUGGCUUCCGUGCCUCCGUCUCCACCAACGAGCCAGGAACUGCCCCGUCCACCCCAGCUGCCGCUGGCUACAACGCCCCAGUCAUUGCCCCAGCUCCCCAAGUCGCUGUCGCCGCUGCCCCAGUUGCCUUCGCUGCCCCAGUCGCUGCCUACGCUGCUCCAGUCGCCAGGGCGUUUGCCGCACCAGUCACCGUCGCUGCCGCUGCCCCAGUCGCUGCCUACGCCGCUCCAGUUGCCCACUACGCUGCCCCAGUCGCUAAGGCCGUUGCUGCCCCAGUUGCCGCCUACGCCGCCAAUGUUGCCGCUCCAGUGGCUGCUGCUCACGUCUACGGACCAGCCGUUGCCGGCUACGGCUACGCCGCCCCAGUCGCUAAGGCUGUUGCUGCUCCAGUCGCUGCCUACGCCGCCCCAGUAGCCGCUGGCUACUACGGUGCUUAUGCUGCCCCUGCUGCCUACGCCCACGGUGCUUACGGCCUUGGAUACGGCGCACACGUCAAGCAUUUCUUCUAGGCCAUAUAUGAAACAUUAGGACUAUUUAUAAGAUCGGGUUUUCUACUGUAUUAUGUUUUUCUGCUCACAGUGAAGUCGCACGACAUCCCCUAAAUAUCUGCUAUCUCAGCUUCCUCUGUCAUGUACAUCUGAAAAGUUUUCGUCACGCCGUCCUUCUAUGUUUACUCGUGCGUUACAACUGAGUCUAUCUCAAGGCAGCUACAUGUGUUGUGACCUGUGUAAUAUAUGCAAACUUACUACUGCAAAUAAAGCAUGUAUUAUGUUCCAAGUAA